GCAUUUUCUGGGCAGGAGGGCUCCAAGUGAAGCCAGGCCCUGAGGAUGAAAGUCCAGGCGCUGACGGUCACUGUGCUUCUCCUGGUGUUGCUCUGCACAGCCCCAGCACCAUCUGAAACGCUGGGGGGCUGGUCCAGAGCCCUGGAGAGGCAGCUGAGAGCUGGGGCCCCUGAAGAACACCCUUGGCCACCUGCAGAUGGAGGGGACAACCUGCCUCAGCAGGGCUCAGAUGGCAGCCAUCCCCUGGACAGUGCAUGGGAGGUGAUGGAAGAGGUCACCCCCGGCUCCAGGUCCCCCAGCAAGGCCAUGACCAAGCCUGCCCGGAGCAGUGGUGAUCAGGACCUCCCCAGGAAGCCCCGGAGUGUCCCGCCACAGCCUUUCCGCAGCAGGAGCCCAGGGCUGAGCCAUCUCCUGAAGGGCUAUGGGAAGUUCAACGGGGACACGCACUCCUGCCCAGGCAUCCAGUCCCGGCCCUGCCAGAAACCUUCCGACUGCAGCGGCUGCCUGGGGCUCUACACCUGCAAGCUGCCUGCUGGCACCUGCCACCUGAAAGCCGUCUCCAGGCAGAGAGGAAGAUUCCUCCAAAGCAUCCAGAAGCCUGAGGGACACGGGGUCCUGUUCAUCCUGGGGAAACACGGCUCAAUAUGAAGCUGGAGAGGAUGUCUGGUACCUGGAGACCAAUGCUCUCUGUCCGAGUUUCAUUUAAAAUCCUUAAUGAGACAGCUGUAAAUGUUUCUUUCAGUGCACUCCUCAUACUGCUGCUUUUUAACACCCCCUCACUUUGGAUUUUGUGUGCUGUGUAGGUUUGAGUCCUGCUUUCCUGAGAGCUGCCAACACAAGCAGUGAGUGGCCACAGAGCCCUGUGCUGGCAGAGCUCACCUGGAGCCCCAAAUGAGACAAACGGGGCUAUUUCACAACCCGUUUUAAUUUGAGCUAUUAAGAUGCUGCAGGAAAAGCUGCCAGUAUCUUGGCUCACUCACCCAUGAGUCCAAGCUGAGCUAAGGAGCCCGUGAGCAUCAGGCAUGCUGGGAAACCCACCCAGCUCCUUACCACAGCUCCCACGAGAAAGGUGACAUCCCACGCUGUUGAAAAUGUCACUUGGGAAGGGGAAUGCCAAGCCACCGUGCACAGGCUUGGUGAUGGGGGACCACAUAGGACAUCUGCUUCUGGAGGCCUGAGCUGAGCCACAAUGAGCUUCACUCAGCACCCCACAGAGCUCUGCAGGCAUCCUGGCUGCCUUUGCAUGUGUGGGUGCCUCCCAGCUUUGCAACCCCCCACUUUGCAAACAAUAAAAACACCUUUUAAAAAGAGAACCAAACCACAGCAUUUGAGUCACCUCGAUCUCCACUGCAGUUUCCUUUGGUGGGCCACCACCACCUCCUGGGACACACUAGAC